CUGGUUACUAUGGUGACCAACAGUUUGUUUCUUUGGUUUGUUUGUUUACCGUGUUUUACAAUCGAAGGUUUUAAGAAAAUAGUUUUAUAGAACAAAAAUUUCGUAAAUAUUAUACAUAAUUUGCUGAAAUAUUUAGUUAAUUAAAAUCAAUAUGUCGAUAAGAAACCCACGUUUACCACUUUUGCCUGGGUAUGGGGCCAAUCCUUUGAUUGGUAAAAAGAGUUUUGGUGUGCGGCCUGUGUUUACAUCCGUAGACAAAGUUAACAUGUUGGUGGACAAACCGGAAGGAGUGAAUCGAGUACCGUCUCUGUACUGCCGGAAGCAGAUGCCAGAGCUGCCCACGUGGCUGAUGUAUGAUAAGAAUAUAUUGCACUUCCAAGCAUACUUCCAACAAUCACUACAUGAAAUGCUCAGUGCAUCUCAUAUACUUCGAAAAGUUGACAUUUAUUUCUUCCUUGAAGAUGGAACGAUAAAAGUCAUGGAGCCAAGAACAAAUAAUAGCGGCUUAUCACAGGGUACUUUGAUAAGUCGACAAAGAAUUCGUCUUCCGUUCAGUUAUGACUCAUACUACGACGUACUAGAUCUCAAUAUUGGUCGCGAAGUAACAUUCUUCGGCAAAGUGUUCAAGAUUAUCAAUUGUGACAACUUCACAAGAGUAUUCUUGAACCGCCUGGGGAUCAAUGUUCCUGAUCCUCUAUCCUGGCCUGAUGCUGUGGAGAAAGCACCAGAUAAUAGACGUCCUCCCAAGCACCGACCAUUCCGACAGUUUCUGGAUUUCGACCGCCAAGUUUUGAGAUUUCAUGGAUAUUGGGACGAUAGAAGCUCAGAGUUUGGGUUCAUUCAUCUAUUGGAAAUCCACUACUUUUUAGCUGAUGAUACAAUUGAAAUAAAAGAGGAACUUCCCCCCAAUUCGGGGAUUGAAGCCGGACCUAUGUUUCUAAAAAGGAUGCGUUUACCUAGGAAAAUACCAUCGCAUGUUGAAAUGACGGGCGGAGCACCCCAACCAUCGUACAGUCCAGCAGACUUAACCAUUGGUGCUGUGCUAAAUGUGUUCGGUCGUAAGGUUGUGCUAACCAAUUGUGAUCCGUUCACUAAAGAGUAUUAUCGUGUAACAUACGGUUUCGAUUCCUUCAAUGAACUGCCUGUGCCGAAAGACGAAAGUUCUGAGUGCGUCAGUACUAAUGUGAACGACAGGCAACUUCCACCAUGGAACGGAUAUGGUUCUUACGAUGACUCGGCUGAAAAUUGUAGAACCGUAGAACCGAAAGCCCCGCACAGGGACUUCAUCAAAUUCUUACAUAAAGAUAGGGUGGGCUUUGAUUCUCACUGCCUUCGGUUUGCUGCAAGGCUCAUCGAUGAUAAUCCAGUGAACACCUUUCGGUAUUUCAUCAUCAAAUACUUUCUUUGCGAUGAUACAAUCGGUAUAUUUGAACUUGGCGAGCGUAAUUCGGGUUUUAAGGGAGGCAAAUUUUUCCGUCGCGAUAAAAUGUAUUUGCCAGACGUGAACUUCUUUGUACCCAAAGAGCCGCCAGCGUACACUGACAAAGAUAUGUGGGUUGGUAACGAGCUGGUCAUCAACAAACACAGGUUCAGGCUAGUUGCUGCUGAUGAUUACGCUUUACGGUAUAUGGAGCUGCAUUCUGAAGAAUAUCCAAUGGCAAACGUACCCCUGAUUUUGGAUAAAAUACGCCGUGAACUCGCUUCGCAAGAAAAUAAGUAUAAGAACUUUGUUGCCAAAUACAUGGACGCAGUUCUGCCGGAAAACAAAGACCUCAUGUCUGUGAAGUGUUUCAAACAAGCAUUAAAAGAGAUAAUGUGCGAAAAAAUGACGGAACAUGAGUUUAUAACGCUGAUACGACGGUUCCGCGGUGAUCCAGGGAAGGAGAAAAGUCCUCGUCGUGAAAUGAUCAGAUCCCUAGUAUUCUCGGAGCUGACGCGAGGACUUUGGGACGACCGUGAGAGGCUGAGAGAGGGCUUACUUCACGCCGACGCGCCAGGAUUAGGAAGCUUGCCGGUGUCUCGUGUGCGACAACUGUUGAGAGCACAUCGCUUGCCAAUCAACACUGACCUACUGGACUGCAUGUUGCAAGUGUUAGAGAAGGACAACAAAUGUAACAUCUUGUACGAGGACUUGAUGUCAUUCCUCGACUUCCAAACACGACCCGUGUUCAACUUGACCGAGGAUGACUAUCAGAAAGUUGUAAGACAUGCACCGCCGUUGAAAGAUACAGAGUGCAAGCUAUGGGCUGAAGCGGAAUCUCAAAUACAGGAGGGUUAUGUUAACUGGAGUGCUUUUCUAUGUCAGCUGAACUUAGAUCACUUGGUCAAAGAGCAAUCUUAACAAUUACUCACAGAACCAUUAUGUAAUAAAAAUAUACAGUUUUGUGUCCAAA